UACACGUUUGCCCUGAUUUUCUUGAUUUUAAGAGUUUGCACAAAAGUUCAUUUUAAUUUGGUUAUCGAAAACAUGCCCUUGUUAUCCAGCACCUCUGUGACACAUGCUGUAAAACUUCAGUAUAAUGCACACAGCAGAGCGGAGGACAACUUGCUGUUGUCACGCAAAGGUGUCGGUGCGUUCUUUAGUCCAAAUGGGAUUCUAUUGUAAUGAUGGAAAAAACCAGAAAUUAUUAUUCAAAAUGCUUGACAUCUUGCAGGGGCAGAUAUGAAUCAAUCUUCUUGUCAGGUGAGUGUCACGGCCUUCAUGUGCAGGAGAUACACCUGCAGCAGGGGACACACCUCCAGAUUACCGUCCAUAAAUACAGUUGCACUCAUCUGUAUUCAUUACUCCAGAGAGAUUCUCCAACUGAACAUCUCCUCUUAACAACUCAACAUGGGCAACUUCGCCGACUGCUGCCGAGGCUUCUGGUGUGGGACAAAAAACCCUAACAUACGCGUCAGCCUCCCUGUCAUCUGCUUCAUCUGGGAAAUCGCUAUGAUCAUCUUGUUUGGGCUCUUCGUACGUUACAAUGAAGAAUCAGAUGCACACUGGUCUAAGCACAAGCAUGAGAAGAACAUAACAAGCGACAUUGAGAAUGACUUCUACUACAGAUACCCUAGUUUUCAAGACGUGCAUGUGAUGAUCUUCAUGGGAUUUGGUUUUCUCAUGACCUUCCUGAAGCGCUACAGCUUCGGUGGGGUCGGGUUCAACUUUCUCAUUGCAGCGUUCGGCAUCCAGUGGGCUCUGCUGAUGCAAGGCUGGUUUCACUCGCUGGACCCUGUCGACGGAAUGAUCAAGAUCGGAAUCGAGAGUAUUAUUAAUGCCGACUUUUGUGUCGCCGGAUGUCUCAUUGCCUACGGAGCUCUGCUGGGAAAAGUCAGUCCGGUCCAGCUGAUGAUCUUGACACUGUUUGGCGUCACACUGUUUGCAGUGGAGGAGUUUAUUAUUCUUGAAGUUCUCCAUGUUAGAGAUGCUGGCGGUGCGAUGGUCAUCCACACAUUCGGGGGAUAUUUCGGUCUAACGAUAUCAUGGAUUCUGUAUCGACCGAAACUAGAGGGUAGCAAGAAUCUCAGUGGCUCUGUCUACCACUCUGAUGUCUUUGCUAUGAUUGGAACCCUCUUCCUCUGGAUGUACUGGCCAAGCUUCAACUCUGCCAUCUCAGACCAUGGAGACGGUCAGCACAGGGCAGCUAUUAACACGUACCUGGCCCUGGCUUCUUGUGUGCUCACCACGUUUGCCAUCUCUAGCAUUUCAGCCAAGAAGGGAAAGCUUGACAUGGUCCACAUCCAGAAUGCCACUCUGGCUGGAGGUGUCGCGAUGGGAACGGCAGCUGAGUUUAUGAUCACAACUUACGGUUCGCUGAUAGUCGGAUUUUGUUGUGGGAUACUGUCGACCUUCGGCUACCUGGUGCUCUCUCCAUUUAUGGAAAAGUAUCUGAAGAUUCAAGACACCUGUGGCAUUCACAAUCUACAUGCCAUGCCUGGCCUCCUUGGAGGAGUUGUAGGGGCCCUCACAGCAGCAUUAGCCAGCGAGGAUGUAUAUGGACACGAGGGGUUGGUAAACACAUUCAAUUUUAAAGGGGAGUAUGCGACAAGGACACCUGGCACGCAGGGAGGUUACCAGGCUGCUGGUAUUUGUGUAGCUCUCGUUUUUGGCAUCGGAGGUGGCAUUAUAGUGGGUCUUAUCUUGAGAUUGCCAUUUUGGGGAGACCCGUCAGACGAUAACUGCUUUGAUGAUGAAGUGUAUUGGGAGGUACCUGAGGAUGAGGAGAGUCUUCCCCCUAUUCUAGAGUACAAUAACCACAUGAUCAGCAAAUUACCAGACACGUCGGAGUCCCACUUCACUGUGGAGCACAGUCAAUAAGAAUGAUGGACCACACGAUGACCAAAAGAACUGUUGUGACCUCCACUGAUUGUGUACCUGCAGGAUGAAUUCGUUGAGUUUGUCCUCAGAAUAACAUUGAGUUUAAUGUAUAGAAAAGAAUGAAAUAUUAAUUUAUUGUACUUUUACUGUACUUUUUAAUGACUUGUUUUUGCUGCUUUGAUGGUGAAUUCACUUAAACUUUAAUAAAAGUGUUACUAGUUAGGCCUAUUUAUCUACAGUAUCGUUAUUAAAUGUAUGUUCUACAUUAUUUUAUAAAUAUACUACCUUUGAAAGGGUCAAUGACUGUAUAUUUACACCAUAAGAAUAUUUUUUAAUUUUUAAACACUUUAUUUUUAAGGUUUAUCUUUGUAGAAGUUUGACAACCUUACAGUUUUAUCCGCUUGAUAGGGCUUGUAAUAUUGCUUAGUUUUUUCUAAAUGCAAAUAUGUUUAUACCGCAUUGUACAUACUAUGCAUUGUUGUCCAUUAAAGUUGUAUUAACUUAAAA